AUGCUCCAAGGACGUCGCUUCAUGGUUUCCCACGCGCCGAAAGACCAGCUCUGCCGUUGGCCUCUCACUGUGUCCGCGCCACCACCACCCCGGACUGCCCACUCGGGAACUCCGGACCCUGCCGCCUGCCCGCCUCUCCUCCCCCUGCAGGACUACGUCUCCCAGCAUGCACCGCGAGCUCCUCCUCCCUCCCUCCCUCCCCCACGAGCCCCUCGGGAGACGGGCGGAGCAGCGUGCGGGAGGAGGGCGGCCGCCAGGACUUCUUGGCGAGACUUCAGCGGGAUGGGCAGCGCCGCGCCUCCGCCGCCGCCGCCGCCGGGUGGGCGCAAACUGAGCGGGGAAAGGUAUGUCCGGAGAAGGGGAACCAGCUGCCGGGGCCACCCGAGUCCGCCUCCUGACGACCCUUAG